UCAUCUUAUUUAUAGCCCAAGCAUACUACCCUUCCUUACACCUACACAAAAACACUUGGUGAAAGUGUGAAACAAUGAAGCCACAAAAUGUUCAAGUCUCUGUCAUCUUUCUUUUUCUUUUUUGCUCUUUCUUAGCAUCUGCUCGUCUCCUACCACCAAAACAAGGUUAUGAGGAGGUGAAAGCUAAUGGGAUAUCUCAUGCUGCUGGGUCACUCACAGACUUGAAAGAUAUUUCCGAUCUGAUGGGGUUAGAGAAGUGUGGUGACAAUGAUGAAGAAUGUUUGCAGAGAAGGAUGAUUGCUGAGGCUCACUUGGAUUACAUCUAUACCCAGCACCAUAAGCCUUAGAUAUAUAUAUAUAUAUAUAUAAAUAAUAUAUAUGUGUAAUAAUUUAGCUCCAUCAAAGAAGUUGAGUUUUGAUAAGAAUUCCCAUGUAAUCCCGUGUAACUAUUACAUCUUAUAGUAAUUACUAUAUAGAACAAACUAAGUUUGUGUCGA